AUGAAGGGAUCUCUCAUCACCAGCCUGGCGGGCGUUGGCCUUGCUGCUGCGGCAACACAGUCCAUCUGCGACAAGUACACCACUGCCGUGUUCAAGAAGAACACUCCCCAGAACCAGGAGAAGCUGUUGACCAUCGUCGUCAACACCGCCGUCAUUGGCAACUACACCCCUGGCGCCUUGAACGACGUCCCGGGCAUCCUCGCCCCCGGCUACUUCCAGGGUGUCUACGUCCAGCUGUUGCCCUACUUCGACGGCGAGCUCCUGUCCACCAACAACGGUGGCUCGUGCGGUCAAUCCACCAACUUCCUCGACGGCGGCGGGGCUACCCCGUUGACGAAGAACUUGCCUGCGGACAACACCAGCAGCAACCAAUACACGCUCCUCACUCAUUUGUACGAGUACUUCGGUGUCCUGCUCGGCUGCUCCGCGUUCGGCACCUCCUACGUCCCCUACGCCGGGUCGACCAACCUCUACGAGGUGCACAAGUUCAUGGCUCUCGACAGCUACGAGGUCGGCUGGUUCAUCCAGCAAGUCGGCCUUGCCGCCACUUCCCUCGGUGUCUCGGCUGCCGAUGCCACGGCUGUCGGCGCUGCGUUGACCAAGUUCUUCGACUACCGCUGCUUGGCACCCGUCUCCAUCCCGUCCACCGCCCCGCCGGCGCCCCAGUCCAUCUGUACUGACUGCGAGUGCCCGCUCGCUGCGGACCCUGACUGCAGCAUCUACGGAGCCAUCAUCAAGCCCGUGCCCACUUCCAGCGCCUCUGAGGCCUGCGCGCCGCAACAGACUGAGCACUGCUCGUCUGGCAACUACGGCAACGGUGGCAAUGGCGGCAACGGUGGCGGCUGGGGAGGCAACGGCGGCGGCUGGGGCAACGGUGGCGGCUGGGGUAACGGCGGCAGCUGGGGCAAGAAGCGACACCACUAG